CAAAAGAAUCCUGAAUACUGGAGAUAAUUUUUUUCAUAGGAAAGGCGUGGUGUUGGUCUUCGUGAUACAAAUUUAAAGACUUCUCGAUUUGGUUACAUUUUGUUCAAAUACAAUGGGGAAUUGCCACACAGUUGGACCAAACGAAGCUCUUGUGGUUUCAGGUGGCUGCUGUGGCUCUGAUGAGAAGACGUACGUGGUGGGAGGCUGGGCCUGGGCCUGGAUGCUCAUCUCAGACAUCCAGAGACUGUCUCUGGAGAUUAUGACCAUCCUCUGUCGCUGUGAGAAUAUCGAGACCUCGGAGGGUGUCCCUUUGGAUGUGACAGGGGUGGCUCAGGUGAAGGUGAUGACUGACAACGAGCUCUUAGGGUACGCCUGUGAGCAGUUCCUGGGGAAGUCCGUGCAGGAGAUCAAGAGUGUCAUCCUGCAGACACUGGAAGGUCACCUGCGCUCCAUCCUCGGAACUCUGACAGUGGAGCAGAUCUACCAGGACAGGGACAGGUUUGCCAGUCUGGUGCGGGAGGUGGCUUCGCCCGAUGUGGGCCGCAUGGGCAUCGAGAUCCUCAGCUUCACCAUCAAGGAUGUGUAUGAUAAAGUGGAGUACCUGAGCUCCCUGGGGAAGUCCCAGACAGCAGCGGUACAGAGAGAUGCCGACAUAGGAGUCGCCGAGGCCGAGCGGGACGCCGGCAUCAGGGAAGCGGAAUGCAAAAAAGAGAUGAUGGACAUGAAGUUCCAGGCGGACACCUUGAUGGCCGACUCGAAGCGCGAGCUGGAAAUGCAGCGGGCCGCCUUCAACCAGGAAGUCAACACCAAGAAAGCAGAGGCCCAGCUGGCCUACGAGCUGCAGGCCGCCAAGGAGCAGCAGAAGAUCCGUCUGGAAGAGAUCGAGAUCGAGGUGGUCCAGAGGAAGAAGCAGAUCACCAUCGAGGAGAAGGAGAUCCAACGCACGGACAAGGAGCUCAUCGCCACGGUGAAGAGGCCCGCCGAGGCCGAAGCCUACAAGAUGCAGAUGCUGGCCGAGGGACAGAAGAUUAAGAGGGUGUUGACUGCCCAGGCCGAGGCUGAGAAGAUCCGCUGCAUAGGUGAGGCGGAGGCCGGCUCCAUAGAGGUGGUGGGGAAGGCAGAGGCUGAGAAGAUGAGGCUGAAGGCUGAGGCCUACCAGCAGUACGGAGAGGCUGCCAAGACCGCCCUGGUUCUGGAGGCCUUGCCCAAGAUUGCAGGCAAAGUGGCGGCGCCCCUCACCCGGAUCAAUGAGAUUAUCAUCCUGAGCGGGGAGGGCAGUCGCGUGACCGGAGAGGUGAACCGUCUUCUGGCUGAACUCCCCGUGUCGGUCAACGCCCUCACAGGGGUGGACCUGACGAAGAUCCCCUUGCUUCAGAAGAUGGUCAACCCACAAGCAUGAAAACCACCAUCUCCCUUCCAUAGCCCCUGACCCCAAUGCAUCUGUAUUAUGCACUGUUUAUAAUCACUGCCUUCAAAUCAGAACACUUGAAUCGAGAUAUGUAUUUCUAACAGGUCAAAAAGGUUUUAUUCCCUGGACCCCUGGUGCCUUAGCUCGAUAGGACCAGAUCAUCCAUGUAUCUUUUCAAGGGUUUUUUUUUUUUACUCUCUUGUUAUUCGUCCAUUCGCUUUCGUUUUAUUCGACACUCCUUUUAUACUAACACUUUUGCUGUGUAACUGUGACAUUUUCUUCUGAAAAACAACCAUUCUAGGUCAAGCAAAAUUUUAUUUAGUGUUUCAUGUUAGGUAUAUUUGUAUUGUCUCCAUACCUUUUCACAGUAUUUAUUCAUCAUUCGUUUUGAUUCCGAUGUGCAGUGCCUGUAUAAUCAGUCCAGUGCCCAAGCCUCAGGGAGAUAUCUGGUUUGGUCAUUCUAUUUUCAUUUUGUUGCAUCUUAUGGGCAGAUGUAAAAACGUUAUCUGCAUAUCUUCAUGUCAACUUCUAUGAAACAAGUUUGGCUGCUCAGUUACCCACUUAACUGUGGGUAUAUAUGUUGUGUGUACGCCCAUGGGAAGUUGCAUCGAUACACAUGCACAUUCACCUGUGUGCAUGUUUGUAUUGAUCUGUAAGCCAUACACUGAUGAUGUUAGCCUUAAUAGACCCGGGAGUUCGGCUAGGUUUGCUGACCAUCUGUCAACUAUCUGGAUCAUCAGAUCAUAGGCAUAAGCUUUAACAAUUUAAACUAUGGGGAAACCAUUUGACAUGUACGUGCUUUUUUUGUAUAUUCCGCUUAACCGUUCAGACCGAUGUCAAGAGUUUGACCUAUGUUAAAGGGUGAUAAUGUCUCUCGCGUAAUGCCGUGUGGCCAUGCUGUAUACCUUAUUAUGUCCACUCGUCACAUUUCGUUUUCUUUCUAUUGUACAUAGCCACAUUCCUCAUUAACCCUGCCUCCAUAGCAACAUGACAUUUUCAGUUUAAUGUCAAGUUGUAUUUUUCGUUUUCAUCUACUGUAGCUCUGCAUGGCAAUGUUUUUCAACUUGCCGAAACUUUUUUCACAACCAUUUUUAUUUAUUUUUGACUAACCUACCAGUAUGUCUGGUGGUAUUUCACGGUAUUUCAUUAUAGCUCUAAUGAACCCAUUUCUAGUUGAAUGUUUUAUUAUCAUGUCUUUAGCAUGAUAGCACUACCCAUUCACAUCCCCAACAUGCUGCUCAGUAGUGGUAUGAAGCUGUGCAUUACUAUUGUAUGUUCAGCGACCAUGUGAGGUGUAUGUCAUGUGAUUUAACAUGUUGGAUAUUCAUUCACCUAAUACUAAUACAAUUAUUACAUUAAUGUAAUAAUCAUUUCCCUUACACCCUCCCUGGCACCACCUGAUAUCACCCCACUAACUCCAUGAAUGGCCAAGAGGUCCAAACUAAUUUCCCCGCAGUUUUAUAUCUGAUAUUUCUGUUUUGCAAAUGGCUAACAAUGUGAUGUCUGUUUGUGUACGCCUGUAAAUGUACUUGAGACAUUGUGUGUUACAGACAGAAAACAUGGUUAAAUCCCACUGUGGGCAAACCCACAAUGGAUCUAGACUCAAAAAUAUAAUUUCUUGUGCCAUAAUGUUUUGUCAUAUGGAUUGGUUACCGUAAUUUAGAGGCAGUUUACAGAGGAUUGGACUGAUGUAGAAUGUAGGUCUAUGACUUUACUCUUAGCUUUAUCUAGAGUAUCUAUGGAAUAUUUACAUGUAUCACCUAUCAUAGAAAUGUAUCUAUUGAAAAUCAAUAAAUGUUUGCGUGAA